AUGGCGCAGAAGCAGCCCUCCACGGAUGCCCAGAGCCACUCUAGCGGAGAUGCUUCGAAACCAACAAAUCCACCAGGUGCUGGACCUGUCGACCAGGAUGAAUAUCCUCCCGUGUCAAAGGUUAUUGUCAUUGUCGCUGCAAUGAUGUGUACAGCUUUCCUGGUUGCACUGGACCGUCUGAUCAUCGCAACAGCCAUUCCCGUCAUCACCAACCAUUUCAACUCCCUGGCUGAUGUAGGUUGGUAUGCAUCAGCCUACCUCCUCACAAUGUCCGCAUUCCAACUCUUCAUCGGCCGGAUUUACACCUUCUACAACCCCAAAACGGUAUACAUUGCCUGUGUAGGGAUAUUCGAGCUGGGCUCUUUGGUCUGCGGCGCUGCCCCGAACUCCACCGCCCUUAUCAUCGGCCGUGCGAUUGCCGGGGUGGGCAGCGCAGGCAUCUUCUCUGGGGCCAUCACAAUGAUCGUCUAUCUCGUCCCCCUGCAGAAGCGACCUGCCUGGACCGGCAUCUUUGGCGCCGUGUUUGCGAUCGCUUCGGUCGCGGGGCCCUUAUUGGGCGGCGUGUUUACCGACAAGAUCUCUUGGAGGUGGUGCUUCUACAUCAAUCUGCCCAUUGGUGGAGCUAUGAUGGUGGUGCUGUUCUUCGUACUCCAACUCCCAGCCGCCGCCACGGACAGAGCCAAAGUCCCCUUGAAGGAACAACUCCGAAAACUCGACCCAAUCGGAACGGCGGUCUUUAUUCCUUCUAUUGUCUGCCUCCUCCUGGCUCUACAGUGGGGUGGUACCACGUACAACUGGUCGAACGCACGCAUCAUUGUCCUGCUGAUCCUUUCGGGAAUUCUGUUCGGCAUCUUCGUCUAUCUCCAACAUGCCUUCCAGGAGAACGCCACCAUCCCGCCACGAAUCAUCAAGACACGCUCUGUCUCCGCAGGGGUGGUAUAUGCCUUCUUCAGCGGAUCAGGGAUGAUGACCAUGGUCUACUUCCUCCCGAUCUGGUUCCAAGCCAUCAAAGGCGCCUCGGCUGUUCACUCGGGAAUCAUGAAUCUUGCAGCCGUAUUGGGCAUCACGUGCGCCUCCAUGCUCGCGGGCUUCGCAACCCGCAAGAUCGGAUAUUUCACGCAGUGGAUGUACCUUUCAUGCAUCCUGACGUCCGUUGGCGCAGGUCUCAUCUCUACCUUUUCGACCACUACAGCCCACCCAAAGUGGAUCGGCUACCAGGCCAUCUACGGCAUGGGCUUGGGUCUGGGAAUGCAACAGCCUAGUGUCGCCGCACAAGUUGCACUGGCCCGCAAGGACGUGCCGACGGGUGCAUCGAUGAUGUUCUUUGCGCAGACGCUGGGUGGCUCCAUCUUUGUGAGUGUCGCCAACAACAUCUUCGACAACAGCCUCGCCACGGACUUGCGGAAAAUCCCCGGCGUCAACGCGGACGUGGUCACGCACGUUGGAGCCACAGACCUUCGCGGCAUUGUGCCACCCCAACUCCUGCCCUCGGUGCUCGUGGCAUACAAUGACGCAAUCAGGAAUGCCUUUUACGUCGGCGUGGCUGUAUCUGCAGCGACCAUCCUCGGCGCUCUGGCCAUGGAGUGGAAGAGUCUGAAAAAGGUCGCAGCGGCGCAACAAGCCGCGGCCAAGGCGGCGAGAGAGGCUGCGGCGAGCCAGCAGGGCGAUAGUAAGCCCGGGUCGGCCGAUGGGGCACAGCCGGAGACUCAGGAGGGCGAUGGAAGGACCGAGCAGGAGCCGGUGGAUGAGAAGAAGCAUGUUGUCGAAGAAGUCUAG